AUCUUCUCCUUCUUCUUCUUCUGCAGCCUCCAAGCGUUUCUCUUUCUCCUUCCUCAUCUUCCUCUUCAUCGUCCUAGCGGGAUGGAGAGCGACGCCUGAAGAGACGAGAAAGGAGAGCGCCGUGUUUGUCCACGGCUGGCUGCUGCACCAUGUCCUCGCCUCCGAGUGGGGAUAUUUCAGGCUACCAUCUGAGUGUGGUGCGUAACCCGGCGGGCUGGGAGGUGGGCAUCUACCUGUUUGGCUUUGUGGUGCUGCUGGCCGCGGCCGGCCUGAACAUCUGGAAGCUGUGGAAGUCUGGAACCUUCCCAGCGCCGUCGCCCUUCCCCAACUUUGACUACAGAUAUCUGCAGGAAAAAUACGGAACGUCCUUCUCAGAGGUCCGACAGAAGCGAGUGGCAGCCAACAACCACCGCCGCACCUCCACCACGUCCAGCCGCAAGCCCAGCCUGGCAGCGUGCGACACCCCGGACGGCCUCAGGGACCUGGGCCACCUGGAGCUGAUGGGCCGAGAGCUGGACCUGAGCAGCGUGGUCCAGCUCAACCGCUCCAUCUCCACCGACUCGCUCAGCUCCAUCUCGUCCAUCGCCAACAACUUCGGCCACGACUUCACCGUGGGCCAGCUGGAGGUCACGCUGGAGUUUGAGUCCGGUAGAUCGGCCGGCCUGCAUGGAGCGAGCGUGCUGCACAUCACCCUGCACCAGGGCAAGGACCUGCUGGAGAAGGAAGAGGGAGACUUCCCAGGGUGCUUCAUCAGGGUCUCUCUGGGGCCCGAGGAACUCAAUGUGGGCGUCACAAGGGUGCAGACAAACGCCUUCACUGUCAUCUUUGACGAGCGCUUCUCGGUGGCGGCGGACGUGUGCACCCUGGAAGAAUGCAGCCUCAGAUUCGCCGCCUUUGGCAUCGACAGCGAGGAGAGGAACAUCAGUGCGGGGGUGGCAGAACUCAAGCUGUCAGACCUUGACCUGACCGUCAGACCGUUCAAUGCCUGGCUCUACCUCCAGGAUGUCAAUAAAGCCGUGGAUGCGGUCGGAGAAAUCCUCUUGUCUCUCAGCUACUUGCCUACAGCAGAGCGUCUCACGGUGGUCGUGGCCAAGUGUAAGAACCUGCAGUGGACCGACGACAAGAACACUGCAGAUCCAUUCGUCAAAGUUUACCUCCUGCAAGACGGCCGCAAGAUAAGCAAGAAGAAGACGUCCACCAAGCGGGACGACACCAACCCCAUUUUCAACGAGGCCAUGAUCUUCUCUGUGCCCUCCCUCGUCCUGCAGGAGCUCUCCCUGAGGGUCACGGUGGCGGAGGCCUCAGACGACGGCCGAGGCGAGAACUUGGGUCAUGUGAUCAUCGGCCCGGAGGCCAGUGGCAUGGGCAUCACCCACUGGAACCAGAUGCUGGCCACCCUGAGGAAGCCCGUGUCCAUGUGGCACCCUUUGCGCAGGAUCUAGUUCCAAGUAAAUGAUCUUUGCAAAGGAACAAUGGAUUGGAUUGUUGACACGUUAGAGCGUACCUAAUAAAGUGUCUGGUGAACGCGGCGCCAGUGUGUGACCCCAAUUACGGUUACUUGUUGGCGCAUAUUAAUCAAUUCAUCCCUUAUUUUAUUUCAACAACGGUAUGAUCUGAAAAUGUCCAAAAUGACAUUUUCUAACUUUUCAGUGAACACUCCUUUAAAAAAAAAAAAAAAACUUUUCCAUUUAACAUGAUUUUAUGUCUGUUUUGUAGCUGAGAAUAUUCAUGAAAAGUACAAGUAAAACCAAUGAAAUUGAGUACAAGCAGUGUGAAGGUGACUUCUUACAAGAACACAAGUAGCUUCUUGAGAAUAAAGUCGUAACACUACGAGAAUAAAUUUGAAAUAUCACGUUAAAAAAGGGAAACUUUAGGAAAAUAAAGUCGACAAAAAAUAACAUUGAUUUGUAAAAUGUCACUAAGUAACACACUA